CAUCAGGACACUAACUACACCCAUUGAUAUUACAACUUCAUAUCAAAAGUACACAUUCUCUUUGCGAAUUCUUGAUUUGAUCUACUAUUGAGUAGCAUUAUAUUUCACCAUCAUCCAAGAAGACCACCAUCACUCGCAUAGUUUGCGCUGAACGCAUGUGGGCUUCAUAAACACAACAUUCCCUCUGACGAGGCACUCCGCAUAUCCGCCGCUACAACAAACCACAAAGCACAAUGUAUCGCCCAAAUACACCUCCAAACUUCGAUCCUCCAUCAUACGGUGAUGAUGAGAGUUCAACACCAACACACAUGUCGAACGAUGCGUCCGCCAUCCGCCUGUUGACAUCAAUGGACGACUCCAAUUCCUCGAACGCGCGCAUUCCCAAUACCCCGCGCAGAUCAUACCAGCCUACCGUCAUGUCGACGAGCUCGCGCUCUAAUUCCAUCGUUGAUGGAGCGCCAAUAUUACCACCGGAGAGCUCAUACGACCCAUACACCGGGAGACAGUCGCCGACGCGGUCGUGGACUCCAUCCCAAACAGCGUCUGAGAGAGGCAGGCCUCCGUCCAUAGCUCAGUAUGAGCCGGCGGAUGUGAACGGCUCUCCAAGACCAGGCACACCUUCGUCGAGAUACGGCGGAAGCCCGAGGAGACCACUCCCCCCCGCACCACUCUUCUCUGGACCAGGUGCUGGUGCGCGGAGCUCCACAUUCGCAGACGACGCGACUGUUUCAAUCGCGUUAGAAACGGAAGGAGAUGAUGUUUUUGCCCCACAAAGUACUCUUGGGACUGACCAUGUCCGAUCCCAAUCUCGCGAGUCCUACACAUCAGAGUCGACAUUCACCGAGGAGUACGAUAAUGAGAAGUCCGACUUUGAGCACUACGGGCCUGCGCCAGAUGGGCGACAGGAGCGCCGAGGUGCGCGCCAGGCACAGAUGGCCAAGAAGGAGGUGCGCCUCAUCAACGGCGAGCUUAUCCUUGAAUGCAAGAUCCCCACCAUCUUGUACAGUUUCCUCCCCCGCCGCGAUGAGAUUGAGUUCACGCACAUGAGGUACACAGCCGUGACCUGCGAUCCUGAUGACUUCGUGUCUAAGGGCUACAAGUUGCGCCAGAACAUUGGCUCGACGGCCAGGGAAACAGAGCUCUUUAUCUGUGUCACCAUGUACAACGAGGACGAGAUCAACUUCACGCGCACGAUGCACGCCGUGAUGAAGAACAUUGCCCAUUUCUGCUCGCGCUCUAAGUCGCGCACGUGGGGCGAGAACGGGUGGCAGAAGAUUGUCGUGUGUAUCGUCUCUGAUGGCCGGCAAAAGAUCCAUCCGCGUACGCUCGAUGCGCUCGCGGCGAUGGGUGUGUACCAGGACGGCAUUGCGAAGAACCUUGUCAACCAGAAGGAGGUGCAAGCGCACGUGUACGAGUAUACUACCCAAGUCUCGCUGGACUCGGAUCUGAAGUUCAAGGGUGCGGAGAAGGGAAUCGUGCCUGUGCAGAUGCUUUUCUGUCUCAAGGAGAAGAACGCCAAGAAGCUGAACUCUCAUCGUUGGUUCUUCAAUGCCUUUGGUCGCGCUCUGACGCCGAAUAUCUGCAUCCUGCUUGAUGUGGGUACGAAGCCGACGGGGAACUCGCUAUACCAUCUGUGGAAGGCCUUUGACACCGACUCGAACGUCGCAGGUGCUUGUGGUGAGAUUGUGGCAAUGAAGGGGAAGGGCUGGCUCGGAUUACUGAACCCGCUGGUUGCGUCGCAGAAUUUUGAGUACAAGAUGUCUAAUAUCUUGGAUAAGCCGCUAGAGUCGGUGUUUGGAUACAUUACUGUCCUGCCUGGUGCUCUCAGUGCGUAUCGUUACCACGCUCUGCAAAAUGAUCAUACUGGUCACGGCCCGCUGAGUCAGUACUUCAAGGGUGAGACUCUGCAUGGCCAGAAUGCCGAUGUGUUUACGGCCAAUAUGUAUCUUGCCGAGGAUCGUAUUCUGUGCUGGGAGCUUGUCGCGAAACGAGAUGAGAGAUGGGUGUUGAAGUAUGUGAAGAACUGUAAGGGAGAGACUGAUGUGCCUGACACUGUCCCUGAGUUUGUCUCGCAGCGUCGUCGUUGGCUCAAUGGAGCCUUCUUCGCUGCCGUCUACUCUCUGGUGCAUUUCAAGCAGAUCUGGAACACAGACCACACCAUCGCACGGAAGAUCCUCCUCCACAUUGAAUUCGUGUACCAGCUGCUCAGUCUGCUCUUCACUUUCUUCUCCCUGGCGAACUUCUACCUCACCUUCUACUUUGUUGCUGGCUCGCUCGCGGAUCCCAAAAUCGAUCCAUUUGGCCAUAACAUUGGGAAGUACAUCUUCUACAUCCUGAAAUAUGUCUGCGUGCUGCUCAUCUGCACACAAUUCAUCCUCUCCAUGGGCAACCGGCCGCAGGGCGCGAAAAAGCUGUACCUUUCCAGUAUGGUCAUCUACGCAAUUAUCAUGGUAUACACCACCUUUGCGACGAUCUACAUCGUCGUAAGGCAGUUCACCAGCAACACCAUAACUCUCGGGAACAACAUCUUCACCAACGUCGCCGUGUCCAUCGCCUCGACGCUCGGGCUGUACUUCUUCUCCUCCUUCCUCUACCUUGACCCAUGGCACAUGUUCACCUCCGCCGCGCAGUACUUCGCCCUCCUGCCCAGCUACAUCUGCACCCUCCAGAUCUACGCUUUCUGCAACACCCACGACAUCUCCUGGGGAACCAAGGGUGACAACACCGUCCGCACCGACCUCGGCACAGCCGUCUCCAAACACAAAGGAUCUACCGUCGAACUCGACAUGCCUAGCGAGCAGCUCGACAUCGACUCUGGCUACGACGAGGCCCUGCGCAACCUCCGCGAUCGCAUCGAGGUUCCCGAGGUCGGACCCUCGGAGGAGACCGCACAGGAGGACUACUACCGCGCCGUGCGCACGUACAUGGUCGUCUCGUGGAUGGUGGCGAAUGCCAUCCUGGCCAUGGCGGUGUCGGAGGCGUACCAGGGCAAGAACAUCGGGAGCAACUCGUACCUAAAGUUUCUGCUUUGGUCUGUAGCGGCUAUCGCGCUGUUCCGCGCGGUGGGCAGCACGACGUUCCGCAUCAUUGAGCUGGUGGGUAUGCUUAUUGACGGGAAGGCGAAGUGGGAGAGCGGGAGCUAUAGGUGGGGGGGUAGCUCGGCGGCGGGGAGCACGGUGCUUAGCUCUAAGGCUAGGGGGGGUGGGUUUUGGUCGAAGUUUGGAUUUGGGAGUGUUAAGGAUAAGAUUAGUGAUAUCUCGAGUAGUAUCGGGAGUAGUGUUUCGAGGAAGUGAGCGAACAGGGUUUGCGGAGGGGUUAAUUGGCGAUUUGAUGGGGUGGUGUGGAAUUUACGGAUGGGCAGGGGGGUAGGAUAUUGGAUGGGUUUAUGAUCUGGGAUAUGUCUGGUUUUCGGGGUUGGCGUUGGGGGAUUUGUGUAUUAUGGUGUAGACUGCUUUGUUUUAUAUCUGGUUAUGAAAUGGAGGGGAUUGGGG